AUGUCAGAACUACAGACUAGACUGGAUCUCUUAAAAACAUCCAGUGUGUCAUCGGAUUGUUUGAAGUUAUUCCCUGUCGGAAAGAAGAAAACUCAAAGAGUAGUAGUAGGAGACAAUGAUGGAUCCUUGCAAGCAUUUUCAAUUAAAAAGGGUGCUGUUAAUACAACAUUUAAAACUAUUAGUCAAAACAAACCAGUAAAAGGAGUACAGAUCCACAAGAAUAGAGUGUUCUAUUCCUACGGGCAAGUGGUGAAGGGUGUAACAAAAAAAGGAAAAGAAUUCUAUCGAUUGGACAGCAACAUUUCAGAGGAUGCUACUCGAAUGGUUAUUCGAGUUCCAGGCCUUUGGAUUGGAGGAAAUUAUAUUUUGUAUCAUUAUGUUGAUUCCGUAGAAAAAGGAUUCUACAUGUCACCCGACCGAAUCAACACUGUCAUUCCUUAUUUUGAUUGUGGUGAUUCAGUGAAUGACAAGGCAAUUUUGGGAUGUCAAGACAGAAAAUUGCGAGUUGUAUGUAAUACUGACUGUGUGGCUCAAUACGCCACCGAAGGUGCAGUCACUUCAUUGUUGCUCAAUGAGGAAUCAAAUUCUUUAAUUUAUGGUACAGAGACUGGACAAGUGAUUGAACUUGAUUUUAAAGCCUCUUCCAAUCCCACUAUUGCUUGGAAGAUUGAAGGAGAAAAAGGAUCGGUGAACGAAAUGUGCAAGUAUGAUAUUAAUGGUGAUGGAAACGAAGAAUUAAUUGUUGCUCGUAAUGAUGGCACAUUGGAAGUUUAUUCAUUUAUUGACCCAUCUCAACCCACAAGAUUGUUGAAGAAAACCAUUGAUGAAAGUAUCACUUGCGUGACAGCAGGAAAAAUAAUUUCGCCCGAAGAUGAGGAUAUUUUGGUUUCAACAUUCAGUGGCCGAGUGUUAGCUUUUACGAGUCAUCAAUACAGCGCUACUGAAUCAUCAAAUCUCAACUUGCCGUUCAAUAUUAUGGACGAUAAGAAAAAGAUUGUUGGAAUUACGAAAAGCCAAAGAAUUAUCAAUCUCCAAAAAGAAUUAGAAUCUCUUGAUGAAAAAUUAAGCAAGGUGAAACAAAACUAUUCCAAAAUGUCCUCUGAAAUUGUUGCAGUUCAUUGUGAAUAUGAAACCAAAGCCUCAUUUAUAUUGGAUGCCAAAGAGGCUUAUUAUCGGCUUCAUGUAGAAUCGGAUGUUCACAUGGACAUGAUCAUUAUUCGUUCAGAAAUUGCUCUUGAUUUACUUGAUUCUUCUGGAGAUAACAAUGUUGUCGUUAGUAAUAUCACACCCGAUGAGAAGAAGGAUUCAUCAACCAAAUUCAGUGCCACUUUUAGAUUUACUGAUAAUUGUAAGAGAAUUGAGGUGCUCUUCAGAACCUACGAAGGAAAAUAUGGACCCAUUGAAGUUUAUAUCAUUCCAAAACUGCACCCAAAGAUUUCCAAGUUUCACAUGUUUAAUGUUAAGCCACUCUCCUUGCAUGAACGACUCGUUGAUGAACAAAGAGCCAAACCUGUGGUUGGUAAUCGACCGCUCAACAAGUUAAUUGUGAGUGGUUCCUUCUCAUUAUCUGAAGUUCAUUCAUGGAUUGGUUUAUGUGUGGAAGGUAUUCCAGACAAAAUCACUGAAGAUGAAAUGACUUACUAUUUUCAUUCAACCUUCCAGAACACAUGUUUAAUCAUCAAGUUAAAGAGAGGUGAAGCAGUCAUUGAAACAGAUAACAUUACUGCCAUUUCUGUGAUUGAGGAAGUUAUUACCAAAGCUGCCACGGAAAGAAAGACCAAAGUGAAUAUUAGUUUUGAAAUUAAUGAUCAUACCUUUGGACACUCCAUUUCUCUCCUUUAUCCAAAGCUUGAGUAUCAACUCAAUUUAAGUGAAAAGAUUAAAUUAAUUGAUGCUCUGAAAGAAAUUCAAGUUCAAGAAGAAGAUUUGUCAUUCCUUUCACCUGAAUACAAGAGCAUACUCGACGAAAGUGAUCAGUUAUUGGAGGAUUCCAAAUAUCAAACCAAGAGAUUGGACUUUUUAAAUGAAAUUCUCAUUCGAAUGUUUAUGGACUGUCUCAAAUUUAAAAGGAAGAAUGCUCAACAAUAUCUUCCACCAUUCAAGCAAUUACUUGAAAGUAGGAAGUAUCAAUUGGACACCCUCAUCAGUUCUUUCAAGUUUUAA